CAUGCAAAUUUUGAGCUAGCAAAAGGUUCGAAAAUAGUAAUCUUGAGCGUUGAAACCCUCACAUUACAAAGUACGAGGGUUCAACUAACUUUGUAACCGACAGCACAAAGCUUUUCUUCAUAAGUACCGAAAUUAAAAUACUAACCGACAAACAUUACUUACAAAACAAAUCCAAAUUAACGUUAUUCAAUACUUAUCAUCCAAAAUCAUCACUUAAAAGAUAAUACCACCAGCCACCACGAGGAACCAUAUGUUUAAGUGGCUGCUGCAUCUAAAAUCACCAACGGAACCGUGUCUGACGUCUACGAUGGUUUAUUACACAUCGCCCUUAAAUCACUUUACGAGUUUUCAUCCGGGAUGCUAUUGGUCAUAUAAAUCUGUUCCUGGCCCGCUGUCUACGUAGCCUACAGGCUAGUCAUACGAAAGCAUAUCAUGAUACUUAAAGCUUGUUUAAAAUUACUCUCAGAAGGGUCGUGGAUAUAAUCGCCCGCAUAUUGUUAUUAGGCGGGUCGUAAAACUAAUCCAAUUUGUCCACUUACACAAUCGAUCAGCCGGGCUAGCACAUGAUUGGCGGGAGACUAUCUCGGGGCGAGAUAGACUACCCGUCCCUCUUUAAUUAGCAUGGUUAUAAAAAGACGGGUAGUCUAUCUCGCCGCGAGAUGUUCUCAUGCCAAUCAUGUGUGCUAGGCCUACAGUGGAUGAACCCAGAGCAUUAUGCGAUGAUUUUUGUCUACUGAUUUGAUCAGGAUUUGAAAAAACCACCAAUGGAAUAAAGGUGUAUUACCUACUGCAGUAGAUGAUGUCAAAUUUGCCAUACAUUUCUCCAUCAAAUGAACUUUUUGACGUUUCUUGCACGACAGCACGAAAUUAUUGCCGCAAAUGCAAAUCGAAGUUGCUGGCCGGAGCUGAAAUGCAGUCGGCAGUAAUGUCGCGCUACAAUAAUGGUGCAAUCUGAAUCUGAACGUCACCUUUAGGGAAUGCAAUCUUUAUUUCGCGAGAUCUUGAAACUGCGAGAUCUGGAGCGGAUUUUCGAGGUUCGAUCACGUCGGUAGGAAUUCUCGAUUGAAAGAUUGACGCGUGUAUAUUUUUUAAUUUUAUUGAAUUAAUAAACGCUGUUAAUUGUAAUUAAAAUGUUAAGGUUGAUGAUUAUGAUAACAAUGAUGUAAAUGAACCGUAAAUAGUAGAUUGUUAACCAAGGGAUGAAAUUGUGCUCUACUUUUCAUUUCGAAUACGAAGAAAGAAAAAUACAUGUGCAUUAAAAACACGACUAAGUAUUAAAUCUAAGAUUACUUAUAAUAUAUAGUAAGUAUUUCUUAAGGUCACUUUCAAUUAACAAUUAAGGUAAAAUUAUCGUUAUUGUAAACUGUCCAACAAAUUAAUUUAGAACCAAAUUUGAACUGCUCUCAUAAAAAAGUACUUUGAAUGUUUUGGUCUAGUGCAGAAACAUAUUACUUUCUGCACACUUCAUACCACAACAAUUUUAGACGCACGACCCACUUUCAAGGCAUGAGAAAUGAAAUUAAAUAUAGGUACCUUGUUUUGAAUUUAAUGUAAUUAUGACUUUUACUAGCGCGAUUUACAUGGACAUUAGGUGAGAAAUUAUUUAUUAAUAAAUCUUACUAUUUAAGUACAAAAACCGCUAAAUAUUUAUUUUUUUACCAAAUCGACAACGGGCAAGGGACCCAGAAGGCUGGCCGAAAUCCUUGCAAUGUGCCAAAUAGUGGCCAGCCCUCUGGGAAACAGAAGCCUCUUAUUAGGCGGCCCGAUAAGUCUUUAUACUGCCGUCGCCCACUUGGCCCCCAUAGCCCUAAAGAUUCAACAUCAAACGCCGCAAACAUGCAGCUGAGGCUUUCAGCCAAGGAUGCCGCAGUGCCAGCAGCAUCUUUGGUGCUUGGAACAUUGGACGUGCCAGGGUAUCAACACAAGUAGUGUCGCAAACUAGCGACCGACCCAUGCUCCAAGACAAGUCAUUCUUAGCCAGAUCACUGGGCUCAAGGACAGCCGGCACUUUGCCACUAACAGGGGCCAGACGGACGACAUCAUUAAUACCUGACGUGGCGGGGUAUCCUUCCAGCGCUUCGGACGCAUGGUAGCCUAGAAUGUCCAUUAUUUAUGUCAUUAAUUACAGCAAUAAUUUUAUGUCAGUUAUUACCAACGUUAUCUGACAGUUGUUAUCAUAAUUAUAGUCACAUAUGGUUGUAACUGUUAGUAUCAUUAGCGCACUCACGCCAUUCAGUCAUGCUUUACAAAAUAGUGAUUUAUUAUUUCAUUGAUAUAGUUUAUACAAAUGUGGCCAAUGGAAAUGUUCAUGUUCCCGAAAUACAACAAGAAUUAGAAGAACAAUGUAUUGCAGAUAUGAUUGCGUCAAAAUCUCUGUUUAACUCAGAUAUAGCUAUCAUUAACAAUGACAUUGUCACCACUGAGUUGCUUCGGAAGAUUCACGAAACUAACAACGUCAAGCUUUACGUAAAAGAUGGUGGUGUGCGUGUUGCUGCAUCGCCCACUAUUUUUAUAAUAUUUGGUCAGAACCUAUCGUAUUUUCAAAAUUUGAUUGACGUUAUGAACAAGGAUAAUUACCGCAAGCCAGAAGCUAUAUACAUCAUAAUGAUAGCAGAUACUACGAAAGAUAAUAUUAUUCUAGUAUUUCAUACACUUUGGAAGUAUCAUAUUAUACAUACUCUUAUUAUUGUCAGAGAAACAAAUAAUUAUUCAUCAAUAUUUUCCUAUUUUCCAUACGCAGAAGGUGGUUGUGGCCGGAAUUAUAGUAAUACAGUUAAAAUAAGUGACUGUAAUAGAGUUAAGACAUCUGAUAUUAUGGACUCGAUACAUGAACAUGAUAUUCCUAUCCUUAAGAAUUGUGUUUUACAAGUAGCAACUCAUAAUUACCCACCGUUAGUUAUGUCGGAUAAAGACUCGAAAAAUGAAUACGCUGUCGGAAUAGAAAUUUUUUUUUUGAACAUUUUAGCACAGACGGAAAAUAUUUCUUUAAAUUAUAUAUUUCUUUCCGAAACUGAAUUUGGCCAAGUAUUUGAUAAUUUUACUGUCACUGGCAUAUUAAGAAAAUUACAUGAAAAUGAAGUGGAUUUAAUAAUUGGGGCCUUUGCUUUGAACAGUCGACGAGCGCUAUUCUUUGACUUUAUAUGGACCCACUUUGCGUAUGAAGAUAGUUUUGUUAUAGUGACUCCUAGCUCCGGUCUCUUAGAACGAUGGAAAAUCAUUUACAAAGUGUUUACACCACUGGUCUGGCUACUAUUACUAAUAAUAUUCUUACUUUGUUCAUUUCUUCUUUCAAAUAAUAAAGAUUAUUACACGGUACUAAAUAAAUAUAUAUCUUCUGAACUCCUUAAUCUAUUUGGGAAUUGUACACACAACAUUAAAUUAAGUCUCAAAAGACAAACAUUUAAAAACUUGAUCAUUGUUCAUUGGAUAUGGUUUGGGUUUCUAGUAAACUGUUUUUACCAAACAAAACUAACAAGUUUUACUACAUACCGAACCAGCAAGUCCCAAUUGAAUGAAUACAUAUCUUUAUACGAUUUCAACAUUACUCCGUGUUUCGCACCAGACAUAGCUUCGUUUAUGAAAAGCUCUGGCCAAGUUCCUAUUAUACAUGAAGAAUAUCUAGAAACACUGGGUUGUGAAACUGCAGAUUUAUCUAUGGAUAUGGUAGCAAAAACGCAAAAUAAGUACACAGUCACACACUACUAUCGAUACCUUUGGUGGAUAACGAGAAAUCCAACGAAAAAGGCACAAAUCCAUGUCAUGAAGGAAAAACUGUACAACACCCUUUAUGCCAUAUUCUUAAAACGCGGUUUUCCACUUUUAAAAGAUUUCCAGCUUAAAAUAUUACGCUUAGUUGAUAAUGGUUUUGUUGAUGUUGCUAAAAAAAUUCAUAUGUUUGAUAACGAUGUAGACUCGAAUGUUGGUGGUUCGUUUGAAAUUAGUAGUCUAAAAUUAGUAGAUUUUAUUAUACCGUUUAGUAUUUUAAGCACAGGAUUGGUACUGGCGUUUGUAAUAUUUAUAAUUGAGUUAAUGUACGCUGAUUAAUAAAUAUUUAAACUAUAGAAAAUAAAAGUAAUUUCAAUUAACCACUGUGCAUUUGGUAUUAUUGUGUAUCUUAUAUACCUAUUAAAUUUGUUUUUUAUUUUAUUUUUUUAUUUAGCAAACUGUAGUAAUUUUAAUUAAAAUGAUUUGGUUCAUUAAAGCAUGUAAAGUAAAGUAUAGCAACAAGUCCUAGACAUAAUGCAUCGUACAUGAGUGCAAUAAACGAAUAUGAAUAUUAAUUACUUUUAAAUUUAUACCCUUUCGUUCUAAAACUGCCAAUAGUCCACGGCUUUACUCAUACAGUCAAUGAAACUGUUUUAGACAUAUUAAAUAUUAAAUAAAAAUAGAAUGAGUAAAAUUAUCAAUUUUUUUUCUUGAAUUUUAGUUUAUUUACAUGAAUAAUGCUAAAUAACUAACAACCCAUUUAAUGUCGUAAUAACGUUUAAAUACAAAUACAAAUGUUUAUUUCUUAGAAUAUGGUACAAAGAUGGUCAAUUCAUAAUAAGCGCUUCAUAUUCUGCCUCUAUCGGCGUAGAAAUAUUAUAAAUUAGGUUGCUAUACUUAUAUAAAAUUAUUGCUAACAUGCAUAUCUAUAUAUUAUAAUAUUUUGUUAUUUUGUUAGUAAAAAAAAAGUAUCAGUUUCUCUUUUAUUCUGCAAAUAUCACAUCAAGUACCCUAAAUAGGCAAUUUACUACAUUCACGGGAAAUUUCAAACAAAAUAACUAUUUUGUAAUCACUUUGUCAAAUCUCUAUCUUAUCGAGAUUGAUCUCUGGCACUCGAGAUCUCGAAACUACUAAUCUCGAUUCAGAUUUUUAGUGAAAUCUCGAAUCGCCAAUCUUGGUUAGAGGUUCGAGAUUGCCUUUCCUAGUUUUUCCCUUCGACACUUUUCACUUAAGAAUUGGUGAAAAGUUAAAUUAGAAUGGCCUCAUUGUUAAAUUAGUUUAUUUUUUAGUUGAUCUUACCUGAUAGACGGACUUAUCCACAAUGACCUGACCAGAAUGCUCAAAAAAUGUACUGUUUUUUUUAUUUUAUUGUAUUUUUUGGAAGAUAUAGGGUCAACAUCAUCACGACCCUAAAUGUAUAAGUUUCGCAUUUGACGUUCUACAAUUAAAUACAGUCAAAUCUCAAUUUAUUAUACGAUGGCCUAAUAUAAGUUGACAAUUUAUUUUGUGCCCGUACUCAACGAGGAACCCUUCAUA